UUCCCGCUCGCGCAUUGUUUCCCGAUCAUCCGCGCGGCGGAAGAGCCUGUAUCAAAAACCAUCCGCGGUUCUCUCUCGUGCUCGCCUCGCCAUAUCCAUCCGCGCACGUAGAAAGCUGUAUAUACAUAUAGUAGUAUAUAGUAUAUAUAGCGCGUUUUCUGCACACAAACAAAGGGGCAACCAUCAGAGUCCGUCGCACCUAGAAACGCGCGAACACACGCACAUCCAGAGCGACGAUCUCUCGAAAGGUCGGAGCGCGCGCGCACAUUUUCGGCGCGGACACGACCGACUACCGAGGAGAACGUAUACUUACGCACGUCGAUCAGCAGCCGUGCCGUCGAGGUUCCGUGAGAAGCAUAGCUAGCUAGCAGUAGAACUAACGUAUCGUCGUCGUCGUCGUCGUCGUCGAGACAGCAAGAGGGAAGCGGCGAAGAGAGACCGGUACGAGGACGGACGCCAUGCGAGGCCCGUAGGUGGCCUAGAGCAAGCCGAAAAGUGAAGCGAGCAGCAGCCGAGCUGCCUGCAGGGAGUCGGAGCGAGGAGGAGCUGCAGGCCCUCUCGGACGACGGGGACGAGCAAGGCGAAGAGAUGAACAGCAAGACGGACGUCAACAGGCGGGUCUUCGCCAUCAAAGCUAAGAAGAAGCGGCACAAGCCCGACAAGCGCAAGGGCAAGGGCGGUGGUGGUGCUGCCGCCGCUACUGCUGGAGGAACACCUGCUGCUGGAAGUGCAUCAGCAGCUCAGGGAGCUGGGGACUCCGACCUGCAGAGUCCCACGCAGCAACAGCAGCAAGGCAAGAACCAACCGAGCAGACACGGACAAACUACAUCAGGGUUCUGCCAGGAACCCUGGUACAGGCAGAACGAUGGACAGUCUUACAAGGGCAACGGCAACAGACUUGAUACGUGUCACAGUUCUAGUAACGAAACUAUUGAAGACGAAGACGAUAUGUACAGUAGUGAAGACGAUGAGCAGGAAGACAGUACUGACUACUGCAAAGGUGGUUAUCAUCCAGUUAAAAUAGGGGAUCUCUUCUUAAACCGUUAUCAUGUGACAAGAAAACUAGGAUGGGGGCACUUCUCUACAGUUUGGCUGUGUUGGGAUUUACAGGACAAGCGAUUUGUAGCCCUCAAAGUUGUAAAAUCGGCGUCACACUUCACGGAAACAGCACUGGAUGAAAUAAAACUGUUGAAAGAUGUGCGUGAUACAGAUCCAAGUGAUCCAAAGCGUAACAAAACCGUCCAGUUGCUGAAUGACUUUAAAAUUAGUGGAAUCAAUGGCUUGCACGUCUGUAUGGUGUUUGAGGUGCUUGGACAUAAUCUGCUUAAGUUGAUCAUUAAGUCCAAUUACAGAGGAAUCCCCAGGAACAAUGUCAAACGCAUAAUAAGACAAGUUCUCGAGGGAUUAGAUUAUUUACAUAAUACAUGCCAAAUCAUUCACACGGACAUAAAACCGGAGAACGUGCUCAUCUGCGUGGACGAGGCGUACAUCCGGAAGCUCGCUUCAGAGGCGACGGAGCUUCACUCUUUAGGUCUUAAACUUCCUGCCUCGCUGAUAUCGACAGCUCCCAAGGAGUUUCAGGAGCCAGUGCCCAACUCCAAGAUGUCUAAGAACAAGAAGAAGCGACUCAAGAAGAAGGCUAAGCGUCAAAACGAGUUACUCAAGCGUCAGAUGGAGCAAAUCGAAGAGAUGGAGGAACAGAACAAACCUCUCAUACAUGCCAGUGAUGGCAAUUCUGCUGUGGCAGAAUUCAAAGAGAACGGUGAGGCUACGACGCCAAACGCUAUAAAUGUCGGAGGUACCGAUGGCAACAAUAGUGCCGAUCAGGAGUUGAACUCGGAAAGCAUUGAAGACAACACGGAGAGCAACAAGGAGUCGCCAGACGAUAUGUCUGAGCCCUCUGUGCCCCUUAUGCACGUCAAUGGUAUAGAAUCGGUCGACGUGGUCAAUGCUGCAGUCUCUGUUGCCACCGGUAAUAACGACGUUAACAGCAACAACGGCGAAGCGCCAACGAUGACGAUAACGACGGGGACCACCGACACGGGAACAACGACGACAACGAUGCCAUCAAUGUCUGAAUCGAAUGACAAGGAGAAAGCCGAGGACGAAGACGAGGAGCAUGGAGAAGUCCAAAAGCUAAAGAAGCCGAAGAACGCUGCAUGUGAUAUUGAGAAAGGUGGUGGCGAGGGAGUCAAUCUGCUUGCCGAUACCGAAGAUGUAGAAGAUUGCGGUGACGUAGGUGAUAACGCACAGCUGUUGGAUAGAAAACAAUUGAAACGCGCUUCUGUAGCUCCCCUUGAUCCUGCUCUCGUUGACUGCGACGUUGAAGUGAAAAUAGCCGACCUUGGUAAUGCCUGCUGGGUCCACAAAAAAUUUACAGAGGACAUUCAAACGCGUCAGUAUCGCUCACUCGAGGUUCUGCUUGGCGCCGGUUAUAGCACAUCUGCUGAUAUUUGGUCCACAGCCUGCAUGGCCUUUGAACUUGCCACUGGAGAUUAUCUCUUUGAGCCCCAUAGUGGUGAAGAUUACUGCAGAGACGAGGAUCAUCUGGCGCAUAUAAUUGAGCUGUUGGGUGAGAUCCCACGCAGCAUAGCCUUGUCGGGCCGUCACUCACGCACGUUCUUCAAUAAGAAGGGCGAGUUAAAGCAUAUAACGGGCUUGAAGCCCUGGGGUCUGUACGAGGUACUGACAGAGAAGUACGAGUGGUCGCCGAGCGAUGCCCGCGAAUUUGCCGACUUCCUCACGCCGAUGCUCAAGUUCGACCCCGACACCCGAGCCACCGCUGCCGAGUGCCUCAAGCACUCCUGGCUACAGAUCAAGGAAUCGCCACAAAGUAGAGAUACGAACAAAAACACGUGUGACGAGGAAUCGAUUGCAGACGAAUGGCAAUGUGUUGACGAGUAAUAAGAGCACCGUUGUAUUUUUUCGUUCAGCGAACAAUCAAUUAAUUUAAAGCUCCCACAUACAAAUACGUGAUAAACAUUAAAAAACACGAUGUGAAGUACUCCACUCUGCAAGAAAAAAGUCGGCGAUAUUGCAACGCCGACGAUGAUAAUUGUAUAAAUUGUGGCCUUGCUGAUUAUUUGUACAUGUCCCCAUGAUGAUGAUCGCAUAGGAUUAUACGGAAAUGUCGCGUGUGACAAUUGUAAUGUGUAGUUUUGUUGUUGCCGUCGACGUUAAUAUCUCAUGCGAGCGAAUCGAAAUAAAACCGAACAUUCAGAUGUCUGAAAAUUUUCAAAAGUUUGGUUUACGAUAUAUGUACUUUAAAGCUUUAGAAUCAACGUUUAUUUAUUUUUGUAUAAGCCUUUUUUCAAUGUUUUCAAUAUUUUUGAAAAAAAUAUUAAAAUUAUGUAAUAAUUUGUUAAAAGUUGAUGGUUUCAAGAAAUACUACAUCAAUUAACAAGCUUAAUGUAGCAAAUAAAUUAAGAAUUAUACAAUGCUACGUAGUAUUUCUGUAAAAUUUUCAACUAAAAAACCUAACGUAUUUUAUUUAAUUUAACAUUCCAAAAUUUAAUUUUUAACUAUAUAAAAUAAGACGCAUCGGUUUCAAUUAUUAAAUAAAUCGGAAAAAAUUCAUGAAAAUUUCAGAUGUCUACGCUCGCUUACUAAUUAGCGUACGUAAUACUUUGCAUGCUUAAUGGAUACCUUUCGUACCUAAAUAUUGUCGAUGAAUAAACGUAUAAAAUAAAUAACAUAACUAGACAAGCCGCGCUGAAGAAAAUAAAAGCAGAGCAGAAGAGUGACACAGUGAAACAAGAUCUACACAAGAAGUUAAAAACAAAGAACAGCCAUGAAAAUUGUGCAACAUUUUUUAGGGAAAAUUUCUAACAUGAAGAUAUAAAACAAAUAUCAUAAUAAUCGAUAAUCAAACGAAGUGAAUCUCUGGAGAUCUUUGUGGCGAGAUUAAAACGGAAAGAACAACACUAUUACAGUGAAUAAUAAUAAUAAUGGACACAUAAGAGUUAAGGAGUGCAAGUUUGUAUAUGAUUAAUACUGUGUGGAUGAGUUUUACGAUGUUAAUUUAUACAUAUAUAUUAUAUAUCUGUAGAUUGUUUCCCUUUUUUUCUUCUGUUUGGCCUGUCACUUUACAAAGAAAAAAAAGACAGCUAUAUCCGUAUGGGAAAAUACAUCAAUGCGAAAAAUAUACAAUUGAGGAUGACAAGAUUAAAGGUUCGUCGUAAAUUUAGAAUAA